GGAUUUUUUGAGAUUACAUAAAUUUCUCAGAUUAGGCUUUCGGUGGAGCUGAAAUUCAUGUACAGCAGUGCUCGAAUUCACAACCCCGACUUCAGAAGAAACCUGUCUUAUUGGACGUUUCAGGCCAGAAACGAACUUGCUGUUAAUGGUGCCCCGUGUGAGGCACCCUACGUUAAUAAGAUUGUCAUCUUCUCAGCCUCUCUGGCAGCCGGCGGGCAGCCAUGCUGAAGCCGGGCGACCCCAGCGGCUCGGCCUUCCUGAAGGUGGACCCGUCCUACCUGCAGCACUGGCAGCAGCUCUUCCCUCAGGCGCAGCUGAAGGCUCCUUUGGCCCCGCCGCCACCGCCUCCCCCUGACCGCCUCUCCAUCCCCAUGGACAGCCUGCGCCAGUCUCGCCUGCACAGCCACCUCCUGGCCUCCACACACUGCACCUCCUCUUCUUCUUCCACCUCCUCCUCUGCUUCGUCCUCAGCGGCGGCGGCGGCUGCAGCAGCAGCUCUCACGCCGUCCUCCUCCAUCUCCAUCUCCACCUCUGCAGGGAUCUCCCAGCUGCCCGUCCCCCAGCAGAUCGCGCUCUUCGGGCAGGCGUUGGCCCCGGUGUGUGCCGGACCAGGAGGAGGAGGAGGAGACCUGGUGGUGGUGGUGCCCCCGGAGAACCAGCAGGGUCACAACCCAGCGGCGGGGCUCCUCCACCAGGCCAAGGAGCAGAGCUGCGGCGUGGUGUCGUCCAGCGUGAAGAGCAGCGGCGGAGGAGGAGAGCGAGGAGAGGACGGAGGGAAAGGAGCCACCGGCAGGUUCAAGCUGACCUCCGAGGAGCUGGACUACUACCUGUACGGACAGCAGAGGAUGGAGAUCAUCCCGCUGAGCAACCACACGGGAGAGCUCAACAACCGCUGUGACAUGUGUGCAGACAACAGGAACGGCGAGUGUCCGAUGCACGGCCCUCUUCACUCUCUGCGGCGCCUCGUCGGCACCAGCAGCACGGCGGCGCCCGUCACGCUGCCCGACGUCCCUGAUUGGCUCAGAGAUCUGCCCCGAGAGGUGUGUCUGUGCACCAGUACGGUUCCUGGUCUGGGUUACGGGAUCUGUGCGGCUCAGAGGAUCCCUCAGGGGACGUGGAUCGGCCCGUUCCAGGGCGUCCCCCUGCUGCUGGACAAGCUGAUGACCGGAGCCGUCAGGAACAGCCGGCACCUGUGGGAGAUCUACGAUGCAGAGGGGACGUUACAGCACUUUAUCGAUGGUAAUGAUCCCAGUAAGUCCAGCUGGAUGAGGUAUAUCCGCUGUGCCAGACACUGUGGGGAGCAGAACAUGAUGGUUGUACAGUACAGGUCCUGUAUCUUCUACAGAGCGUGCAUGGACAUCCCCAGAGGAACAGAGCUGCUGGUUUGGUACAACGACUCCUACACUUCCUUCUUCGGCAUCCCGCUGCAGUGCAUCGCUCAGGACGAAAACUUAAACGUCCCAGCCACGGUGAUGGAAGCCAUGACAAGGCAGGAGUCCCUUCAGUCCUUCAGCAAGAAUGGCAAACCCUCCUCCUCAUCAUCUUCCUCCUCCUCCACCCCUUCCACUGCCCUCAUGCGCUCCAUGGUCUUCCCUCACUCUCCCUGCCCGAGGAAUUUCUCUCUGUUGGACAAGGUCGGGGUCGGGGUUCAGUCGGACACCAGUUUUGGCCAGUUGGGGUCAAAGAACCAGCGAGUCCUUGCAAGUCCGACCUCUACCAGUCAGCUGAGCAGCGAUUUCAGCGACUGGCACCUGUGGAAGUGUGGCCAGUGCUUCAAAACCUUCACCCAGAGGAUCUUGCUGCAGAUGCACGUCUGUCCGCAGAAUCCAGACAGACCGUACCAGUGUGGCCACUGCUCCCAGUCCUUCUCUCAGCCGUCUGACCUGAGAAACCACGUGGUGACUCACUCCAGCGACCGACCCUUCAAAUGUGGAUACUGCGGCCGCGCGUUCGCCGGCGCCACGACGCUCAACAACCACAUCCGCACGCACACCGGGGAGAAGCCGUUCAAGUGCGAGCGUUGCGACCGCAGCUUCACACAGGCCACUCAGCUCAGCCGCCACCAGCGACUUCCCAACGAGUGUAAACCCGUGAACGAGAGCAGCGAGUCCAUCGAGGUGGAUUAACCCCGCCGCUGAGAUCACGUCCACGUUACAGCGGCUAAAUCUGAAAACACACUUUUUUUUCUCUCCCUGUUCCGGUUCUCCGUCCACACAGAACCAGCGCUUUUUUUCUCACCUGGAAAUAAACACUUUCUCCUCACCUGACAGAAGUAGUUUUACAGUCGGCUUCAAGACGAGUAAACUGGAAGAAAACUGCUUUGUUUUGAUGUAUUGAUCUAUCGAUUUUACUUUCCGGCCCACUUCAACAUGCCUACAGUGAAGCCAGACCUCUGAUCAAUACUUAUAGAUAUAGUUAAUGAGUUCACAACUUAUAGACAGCAGAUAGUUUGUGUGAUUUAAACAGCUGCCUGUGGAGGUUAACUUCACUGAGCUUGAUGGAGGUGGAGAACCAUCGUUAGUAUCCAGUGGUGGAAUAAAACUAGCUUCUUUUACUCAAGUACUUCAUUUCAUGCAACUUAAAACUUGUAAAAGAUAUUAUAUGUUUCCUGACAGCUUUUAUCAGAUGACAGUUUUUCAUCCACUUUCUUUUCAGUGAAAACCACGUAUCUUUAAAUGUUUCUGAUAAACGAAAGUAAGUGAGAAAGUACAUUUUAUUUAUUUCCUGAAGCAUCUUUCCUAAGCUCAUUACACAAAGAGAUAAAAAACACAAGCAUUACAGCAAGAGAAAAUUCACAGUAAAAACAAAAAAAUACAAUCUUCACAGUUCACAAACAAAAUAACACUUACAGUCAUGGAAAAAAUGAUUAGACCACCCUUGUUUUAUUCAGUUUCUUGUUCAUUGUAAUGUCUGGUACAAC